GAGGGCAGGUGAUACAUAUUUAUUAAAGAAAUACGAUCAAACUUAAACUUUUGAAGAGUGUACAUAUUAUUAUUUGUCCAAAAUAACAAGCUCCAUUAGCAUUUCGAUGAUAAAUAAUAUUUCACAAAGUUAAUCGAAAAACCUAACUCAUCCAUCGUAAAACACCUGUCAAUGCAUAAAAUCACUUGAAUUCUCGCGCGCCGCGGAUUUCCGCUUUACCGACACCCCCGCGACUGGACUGCAGCGCCUUCGCGUACGAUUUCUGCUUCUCCCCGCUUUCUCUCUCACAGUCGCACUUAACUCGUCUCUCCAUCUCUCUAUAGUCUAUAGUCUCUAAUCUCUAUCACUCUUUCUCUCUCCAGUCAGUCCCUGCUGCACUCGCGCACGGCGCCGACGUGUAUACUGCACUGACGCACGCCCUGUAAUAUAAACGUAAACCAGCGGCUUGUCGUGUUAACUUUGUUGCCGUAUAGCCUCGCGCAUCAACGUCCCGGGCGGCUGCGCUCUGAUCCGUCUUUCUCCCUCGCGCACGCUUCGCCGAAUUCCGCGGUUGCCGAGCGCCCCGGGCGACUCCCCGACUCCGACGACCUGCAUGUAUGUGUGUGCUGCUGCUGUAGCUUCAUUCAAUUCUUCGACGUCUAGUCUCCGCCCAAGCAAAAGAGAGACAGAGAGAAUCCGAGCAAAGUGUGCAGUGCCGAUGGUGAUACGGUCUUCUCUGCGUUAUUCAGUGCCACACCUGGAAGCUGGGACACUCUGCUAUUGGAGCUCGUGACGACUGCAGGACGGCUGCGCUCCUAACCUCAAACUUUAUCUGCCUGCACUCGUCCGCAAGCGCAUCUUUCGUCUCAACUGCGAGCUCAUCCUGAAACACGCACAAACGACUUGUCCAUCAAAAUUUGGAUGACUCCCAAGCAGCCAGCAGCUCAGCAGGCCCGUCGUCGGAUGUCAGAUCGGCGCGCGAGCGAUGUCCUGAGGCCGAGCGUCGAACGCGGCUGAAAGCAACACCAGCAGAAGCAGCAGUAGCGGUAGCACUUCUCUGCUCGAAAUCGAAUCAAUCGACUUAAUUAGCAAAUCCAAUAAAAAGAGAGAAUAGCAGCCUCGUCGUCAAAAUGGGAAACUGCUUUAGCUGUCAGACGGACGUGGAGAAGGAGAAGCCAGAGCGGAUAUGCAAUCCGAGCAUCGAGGCGGUGGCCUCGCAAGUGAGCCCAGUGCCUACGCCACCGCCGGACCCGAUCAGACCGAUGCCCCAGAUACCGGACACCGACGUACCGACCGCCAAGAUCUUCGUCGCGCUCUACGACUACGAUGCGCGGACCGACGAGGAUCUCAGUUUCCGUAAGGGAGAACAUUUGGAGAUACUCAACGACACGCAGGGUGACUGGUGGCUCGCAAGAAGCAAGAGGACCAGGCAGGAGGGAUACAUUCCCAGCAAUUACGUUGCCAAGCUCAAGAGUAUCGAGGCUGAACCAUGGUACUUCAGAAAGAUCAAGCGAAUCGAAGCCGAGAAGAAGCUGCUGCUUCCGGAAAACGAUCAUGGCGCGUUCUUGAUUCGAGAUUCAGAAAGCAGACACAACGAUUACUCGCUUUCAGUUCGCGACGGCGACACAGUGAAGCACUACAGGAUCCGGCAGUUAGACGAGGGCGGCUUUUUUAUCGCGAGGCGAACGACGUUUAGGAAUCUCCAGGACCUCGUCGAGCACUACAGCAAAGAUGCGGACGGCCUUUGUGUCAACUUGUGCAAGCCUUGCGUGCAGGUGGAGAAACCCGUUACCGAGGGACUGAGCCAUCGCACCCGGGAUCAAUGGGAGAUCGACAGAUCGUCGCUCAAAUUCGUACGCAAACUCGGCCAGGGUCAGUUCGGAGAAGUAUGGGAAGGCUUGUGGAACAACACGACACCCGUAGCUAUCAAAACGCUGAAACCCGGCACUAUGGAUCCCAAAGAUUUCCUUGCCGAGGCGCAGAUCAUGAAGAAGUUGCGACACGCGAAGCUCAUCCAGCUAUACGCUGUGUGUACCAUGGAGGAGCCGAUUUACAUUAUCACGGAGCUUAUGAGGAAUGGCAGCUUGCUCGAGUUCUUACAAGGAAAAGGUCGGGGACUGAAGCUCCAGCAACUGAUCGACAUGUCAGCACAAAUAGCCGCAGGUAUGGCCUAUCUCGAGUCGCAGAAUUAUAUUCACAGGGACUUGGCAGCGCGCAACGUUCUCGUCUCGGACGGCACCGUCGUCAAGAUCGCGGACUUCGGCCUGGCUAGACUAAUCAAGGAGGACGAGUACGAAGCUCGCAUCGGUGCGCGCUUCCCGAUCAAGUGGACCGCGCCUGAAGCCGCUAACUACAGCAAGUUCAGUAUUAAGUCCGACGUUUGGUCCUUCGGCAUCUUGCUUACUGAGCUCGUCACUUACGGACGAAUACCGUAUCCUGGUAUGACGAACGCAGAGGUGCUGCAUCAGGUUGAACACGGUUACCGUAUGCCUUGUCCGCCGGGUUGUCCACCACCGCUCUACGACAUCAUGCUCGAAUGCUGGAACAAGGACCCGAUGAAGAGGCCGACCUUCGAGACUCUCCAGUGGAAGCUCGAGGAUUUCUUCACUAUGGAGGGCUCCGAGUAUAAGGAGGCAUCGGCUUACUGAGUAAUAGCCAAUGCGAAGUUUCGCAACAUUGAUCAGCGCAUCAUGUAAAUUGCUAUGCUGACUAAGAUUACGAAGUUUCGCGUUGACUCCUUACAGAGAGAAAAAACUCGUCCGAUCGAGUAUUCGGACAUAAACUCACAUCUCAUGUGCACGCGCUUACGCCCCUUUUCUAGGCGGAGAUUACGUGCUCGAUAACGAGGAGAACAUGAACUCACGAAGUAUAUAGAGAGACGUCGACUUUGUUUUGAAUCGAUAACGCGAAGUUUGUGAUAUUUUUAAAAAUCGAGAGAGUACCAUUUUGGCUCUGGAAGUGUGGACCUAGUGAUCAUAAUGAAGUGUAGACGUGGUACCGUUUUAUUUUAAGAUUAUUUUUUAUUUUUAUCGAUUUUACUUUUAUUAUUAUUAUUAUAUAUAUAUAUUACUAUUUUUUUCGUUUGUUUAUUAUCACAUUCUGGCUGCCAUAUACAAGAUAAUGAAAAAAAAGGAAACGAGAAACGAAAAGUAUCAUCGAGUACCUCGCGAUACUUUGCAAAAUGUUGGUACUUGGUAAUUUUUAAAAAGUAAAGAAGUGACCUAGGUGUCUAAUCGUCUUAGUAUGCAAUAAUAGCAGUUUUAAGGAUAGCUUCGAACUGCCUCGCCAUCGAAUGGUAUAGGAGUUUGUGCAACAGUCAAGUAUCAGGAGAAGAAACUACUGCAGAUAUGUGAAAGUUGCUAAGUAUUUUACAGUACACCAAUGACUAUUUCUUCUUUUGAUAGUGGCAUUUUUAAAUACUUACUGACAUUGUUAUCAUUGAUUGAAACCUCUAAUUUAUUUUUUAUACUGAAACGAUGACAACUAAUGUGUGAAGCAUUUCAUUCCUACAAAGAAAUUGUUUCAAUGUCAUGUGCAAGAUUGUUAGCUCAUCUAAAAUCAAAUGAAAUUAUUCUCAUGCUGUAUUCGAGAAUCCGGGUAUACUUAUUUCAGUAGUUUAGCUCUUGGCUCUCUGUUGCCUCUCCCGAAUGGCGUGAAAUCAUUAUUCCCGAAAACGUCGUGGAGAUUAUACAUUUGUUUAAAUUAGCGGCAAAGAAGCGAUAUGUAGUGGCCAAGCUCGUUUGGCAUAAUUAUAAUCCUGUAUUCGAACCCAGCAAGCGCAGUUGUUUACGCGCAUAAUCAUUAUGAUAUUUAACGUUUGCGUGGUGUCGCACACUCGAAAGGCGGUUACUACCAAUUUGCUGGGCGAGUAUACGUGCUUUUCCACACUUGUCUUAUUUUAAUGGUACGGCCUACGUAAAUUUGUACUCUAUAGUCGAGCAGAAGAAAAACGUAAGAAAGUCGCUUCGUUAGGCGAACUGCAAACAUUACAAAAUGUUUUUACUUUUCGAAUUUGAUUUUCUUAAAUCGACAGCUUUGUAAAUUUCCAAAACGCGAUCGAAUAUAAAAUUACCAUCAAUCAUAUAGAUAUAUACAUAUUAUAUAUACAUGCUAAUAAAUUUUUUUUAACGAUGCUGUAUCGUUCUUAUUUAAAUAACCGUUCAAAUACGUGUAAUGGCGAAUACGUUUCAAUGGUGUGUGUGUGUGUGUGUGAAUUUCUCGCUUGGAUUCAAACGAAGCAAAAUUGCAAACGGUCCGUCCAAAACAACAAAACGACGAAGACUGUAUUCAUUAACGAUACACCGAGAACGAUGGGACUUUCUUCUUUGAGUAAGUCGAGAAGGCUUGAAUCGACAUACCUUAAAACGAGACAUUAUUAUUGUAUUCAUAAUCUCGGAUGUUUAAACGGUAAGUGAUUGUAAGAGAAAAAAAAAUAGUCAUUAACGCUGUUAAUCGAAAAGUCCUUUUUAGGGCCAUCAUUUUAAAAUUGUGUGUAUGAGAAUUACAAUUAGCUUAAUGUAUGAGUGUAACGAAUAUUUAUCUGUUAAGCUUCCAUUAUGCGACGCUAUUUCAACAUCUAUUUUAUUUUGAUCUGUCUUUUGGAUUUCGCAGAUUUAUAAUGCAUUUUUUCAUUAAAGGUUCGCUUAUUCUUUGUUAGAAUUAAAUUAUUGUUUAAGAAGUAAGACAUAAAAAACGCUUCGUUUUUUUUCUAUAUACCUUAUAUUUCUAAUUUUAUCAUUGCAAUUUGUAAUCGUGAAUUUGAUACUAUGUCUUGAUGCUUAAUGAAAUUAUCAAAGUAAUUAGUAAUUUAUUUGUUAAAAUUAUAUUCUAUCAAAGCCAAAAUUAUGUCUUCUUAUAUUGUACGUAAACAAAUGAGAUUAUAUUAGAUAAAACGAUUAAUUAAAUAACAUGUUGUUCUCCACUAAGUGUAAACUAGACCCUUCGAUACUUUUCACUUUAUUUUAAGAAAGACGGAUAAAUUGAAGGCUUACGCGAACAACAUAAGACGCUUGUAGGUUUCAGGGACCAUCUUGUUGCGUAUGGCUGGUUUAAUAAAAGCAAGAUGAAACGUCAAUAAAUGUCAUACAAAGUGUAAUUUUUAUUUCAUCGUAAAAUAGAUUACUGUUUUACUAAAAA